CAACAUGAUGAUAACUCGGAAAUUUUAUCUAUAAUAAUUCAGAAUUAGCGGCAAAUUCUGGUCCACUAAUGGCUAAAGGAGCUCUAUUAGUGGGGACUGGCUCCACCAAGAAAGGAGCCAUGUCCUAAUCGAAGGCUGGGGAGGGGAAAGUGCGUUCAGUUCCACAUUAGAACUAACGAAUUAAAGCAUAAAAAAGAAAAAAACACACCAACAGGGAUCAUCAAUGGAGGAUGCAACCACCCCUUGUCAACUUCAGUUAACAAAAUUCCAGUGAAGUGGACGCGAAGGAACUAACCCUUCAUAAUUUCAUUAGCUUAAGCUAAUCAUAUCGAACUCCAUUACUAACGACCCUUCUUUAUCUUUCACUUUCAUCUCUCUUUUCUUCUCCUCGUAACUUGUAUUAAAGGGACAUCUUUGUCACCACCUGAGCCUGAGGAAUCCAUUCAGUUCCCAUUCACCUGGAGUUGACACCAGCUUUCGACUGUGCUAGCCAUGGAGAGGGAGGAAGGCGGCGUCAUUGUCGUCGGACGGGCGGAGAUUGACACAAGAGCGCCUUUUCGGUCUGUUAAGGAGGCAGUCAUGUUGUUCGGAGAAAAAGUUCUGGUUGGAGAAAUUUAUGCUAGCAAGCUCAAAGAGAUGAAGGCUCAAGCAGGAGCAAAUGGGCAGAGUCAAUCCAAGCUUGCAGCCCUGACAGCCGAGCUAGAGGAAACAAAGCAAAGCCUGCAGAAGGCCAGAGAGGAAGGUAACUUGAUGUCAUACCGCAUAAAGACACUAAGAGAAGAGCUCGAACUAACAAAAAAGGAGCUGCAACAGCUCAAGGCAAGAGAGUUUGAUCAGAAGCAGCGGUUUGAUCCUGAUAUGGAAGACUUCAAGUUCAUGGAAAACGCAACCAAGAUAGGCAUCAUGACACAGGAUGAAGAGCCAGAGGAGUUCCAAAAGAAGAGAUAUGUGAAAUUUGCUAGCCCUCCUUCACUAGCUCAAGUUAUUGUCAACAGAGAGGAAAAGCUGGAAAGACAAGCCCCGGUUAAGAAAGUUAGAAGGAAGUCAUUAAUCCCAGUGAUAGGAUGGCUCUUUUACAAGAAGAAGGGAAGUCAAGAAGAUGAUCAGUCCCUAAGAGCAAAUCAGGUUCAGAGGCAUUAUUAGCUGAUCAUGCACUGCUUCUCUGUGUGGACUUUAUAUACUACUGACCUUUACCAUGGUUUGGGGGAAGGGCAUUAAAUUUUGGAGCUUGCGUAAUAAUCACAGAUCAUUAUCCUAAAAUUUUGAUUUUCUAUCAUUGGGUGUAUGUCUUCUUGGGCCUCAUUCAUUUAGAAAAAGUUGUGAGAUGGGCCUUAGUCCAAGAAUCAGAAGCUGUAAAUUAGAUUAGUAUUACAUAAAUCUAAGUUGUGAUUGAUCA